AUGAGUCCGGGGACAAGGUGCUGUCGCAACCCUUGCCCCCUCUCGGUCAGUAAAUGUGGCAUUGCCUGUUGUCAACGUUCAGUUCAGACUUAUCUAUCUAUCUAUCUAUCUCAGUCUAUUCAGACUUAUCUAUCUAUAUCUAAUUCAGUCAAUUCAGUCAGUUCAGACUUAUCUAUCUAUCUAUCUCAUCUAUCUAUCUAUCUAAUUCAGUCAGUUCAGUCUAUUCAUCUAAGUAUCUAUCUAUCUAUUCAGUCUAUUCAGUUCAAUUCACAGUUCAAACUUAUCUAUCUAUCUAUCUAUCUCAGUCUAUUCAGAAGUAUCUAUCAGUUCAAUUAUCUAUCUAUCUAUCUCAGUCUAUUCAGACUUCUAAUUCUAUCUAUCUAUCUAUCUAUCUAUCUCAGUCUAUUCAGAAGUAUCUAUCUAAUUCAGUCAGUUCAGACUUAUCUAUCUAUCUAUCUAUCUCAGUCUAUUCAGAAGUAUCUAUCUAAUUCAGUCAGUUCAGACUUAUCUAUCUAUCUAUCUAUCUCAUCAGUUCAGAUCUAUCUAUCUAUCUAUCUAUCUCAUCUAUCUCUAUCUAUCUCAUCUAUCUAUCUCAGUCUAUUCAGAAGUAUCUAUCUAAUUCAGUCAGUUCAGACUUAUCUAUCUCUAUCUAUCUAUCUAUUCAUCUAUCUCAGUCUAUUCAAAAGUAUCUAUCUAAUUCAUCAGUUCAUAUCUAUCUAUCUGAUUCAGUCAGUUCAAAUCUAUCUAUCAAUAUCAAUCAGUUCAAAUCUAUCUAUCUAUCUAUCUAUCUAUCUAUCUAUCUAUAUCAGUUCAGAUCUAUUUAUUUCAAUCAGUUCAGAUCUAUCUAUCCAUAUCAAUCAGUUCAAAUCUAUCUAUCUAUCUAUCUAUCUAUCUAUCUAUUUAAAUCAGUUCAGAUCUAUUUAUUUCAAUCAGUUCAGAUCUAUCUAUCAAUAUCAGUCAGUUCAAAUCUAUCUAUCUAUCUAUCUAUCUAUCUAUCUAUCUCAAUUGGGUCAGAUCUAUUUAUCUAUCUAUUUCAGUCUAUUUCUCACUCAAAUCUAUUUAUCUAUCUAUUUCAGUUGGGUCAGAUCUAUUUCAGUCACUUCAAAUCUAUUUAUCUAUCUAUUUCAGUUGGGUCAGAUCUAUUUCAGUCACUUCAAAUCUAUUUAUCUAUCUAUUUCAGUUGGGUCAGAUCUAUCUAUAUUAGUCAGUCCAAAUCUCUCUAUCUAUCUUUUUUCAUUAAGUUCUAUCCAUCUUUUUCAGUCAGUUCAAAUCUAUCUAUCUAUUUCAGAUCUAUCUAUUUUUAUCAAUACCAGGUGGUAG